CAGUGAGCGCGCGGAGAGCAGCAGAGAGCACGCGCUUAGAUCAAACACUCAGAGCGGUUAGAGCGCGAGCCGCACACGCAGGAGCGUCACAGCAGCGCGCGGAGAGUUUAGUGGUGACGGGUUAAACGCACGCGGUAUUUAUUUAUUAUUAUUAUUAUUAUUACACAGGUUUAAUAUGCUGUUAAUAUUAUUCAUUAAUAUUCGGUAGAGCGGAUUAGCCUAGAGGAGUUUAACUUCCACAGGGAUCUGAGUGAUUUAUACUGCAUCAUAACGAAAACACAAACAACUACUGAUCACUUCGGAGAAGCUGUCGCUGGAGGUUUAUUAGUGCUCUAUUAGCGGUUUAUUAGUGAUCUGUUAGUGAUUUAUUAGAGGUUUGUUGUGCUCUAUUAGUGAUUUAUUAGCAGUUUAUUAGUCGAUUAGUCCCGGUCAGUUAGUGCUGACGUCUCGCGCUGUCAUGCUGGCCCUCGCGCUGGAAUUCCUCGUGGUGCUGCUGCAGGUCGCGUGGGCUGUGCUGGCCGCCGCGCUGCGCUGGCUCGUGCGGCCGAAGGAGAAGAGUGUGAGCGGGCAGGUGUGCGUGAUCACGGGCGCCGGCGGGGAGCUCGGCCGCCUGUUCGCGAGGGAGUUCGCGCGCCGCCGCGCCACGCUCGUGCUGUGGGACAUAAACAGCACGAGCAAUGAGGAGACCGCGGAGAUGGUCAGAGAAAUCUACAGAGAACUGGACACGCAGACGGAGGGUUCUGGAUCAGAGGAGGGUUCUGCGUUCCAGCCACAGGUGUACACGUAUGUGUGUGAUGUGGGUAAGCGGGAGAGUGUGUACACCACCGCAGAGCGAGUGCGCAGAGAGGUGGGGGAGGUGGACCUGCUGAUCAAUAACGCCGGCGUGGUGUCGGGUCAUCACCUGCUGGAGUGUCCGGAUGAGCUGAUUGAGAGAACGAUGGUGGUCAACUGCCACGCCCACUUCUGGACCACCAAGGCAUUUCUCCCCAAGAUGCUGGAGAUGAACCAUGGACACAUUGUGACAGUUGCCAGUUCACUGGGCCUCUUCAGCACAGCUGGCGUGGAGGAUUACUGCGCUAGCAAGUUCGGAGCCAUCGGUUUCCACGAGUCCCUGAGCCACGAAAUCAAGGCUUCAGAGAAAGACGGCAUCAAAAUGACACUGGUGUGCCCUUACCUGGUGGACACGGGCAUGUUCCGAGGCUGCAGGAUAAGGAAAGAAAUUGAGCCAUUUUUGCCUCCACUGAGGCCGGAGUUCUGUGUGAAACAGGCUAUGAGGGCCAUCUUGACUGACCAGCCGAUGGUCUGCACACCCCGCAUUGUCUAUAUGGUCAACUUCAUGAAAAGCAUCCUGCCAUUCGAGGCCAUUGUUUGUAUGUACCGUUUCCUUGGGGCGGACAAGUGCAUGUACCCUUUCUUGGCUCAAAGGAAAGAAGCUAUGAACAACAACGAAGCAAAGAAUGGGAUCUAGACAACGACCCCCAAACUCCAGGGCAUAUUAGCUACCCACACAAGGAAACACCACUGAGAGCAGAGUGGACAGAAGAGAGACUGAAUUCAGACUGGUGCACUUGCAUUGAGCAGAUGCAAAGGUUUACCAUAUUGUUCCUCUGGAACAAAGAAAGCUGUGUAACUACGCUAAGGAUUUAUUUGUCUUUAUUAUUUUUUGUUUGGUUCGUUUUAAAAGAAACCAACCAUCUAUAUACUGUGUCAAUAGUUUUGAAAUCAUACAUGAGAUAUUCAGUAAUUAUUUACAUAAUGUAGUCACCAGCAUUAUCUAGUGUCUUUGUGAAAAUAUACAGUAUGUUACUGUAUGAACAGUAAAAUCUUGUCACUUUUUUACUUGUAGACAUGCACUGUAAUUACCUAAUUUCUCUACACUGCCAAUGCUAUUAGCUAAACCAGUACGCCACCUCAUUUCCCAGAAACUAGAGGCAAUCGUUUCAUCUGUCAGAAAUAAGACCCAAUGUUAAGUACUGCGUUUAACCCAAAUAAGACGGCAAACUACAUUAAAAACCCAACUUUAAACCCAACCAUACAGUCAACCCAAUAUUAAACCCAACUUUACAACCAGCUUUAAACCCAAACAAUACAGUAAAGCCAACGGUAAACGCAGUGUUAAAGUCUAGCGUUAAACCUAUUGUUAAACUCAAUGAUAACCCAAUGGAAAACCCAACAACAAACCCAGUGCUAAACCCACUGGUAAGCCCAACCAUGAACCCAGUGAAAGCUCAAUGUUAUUGUCCAUGGCAAACCCAAUGUUAAGUCCAAAGAUGAGCUACCAUUAAACCCCAGGGUUGGACUCAAAUGUAAGCCCAACUUUAUACCCAAAAGUAAACUCAGUGAUAAAAAAGACAAAGUGUUGAUGUCCAUGGCAAAUCCAACAUUAUACCCAAAAUAAAACCCAACCUUCUCAAACUCUCAUCUGAUCCUUGUCUUUUAGACCCAAAAGAUCAGUGUGAACAGUUUAGCUAUUUCAGCCUUUUGCUGUCCUUUAAACCACCAUCAUUUGUUUAUGUUUCCCCAUAAACAUGGUCCAUACGCAGCUUUGGCUGCUUAGUGUGCAUAUGAAAGUUCAGCCUGCGUCUCUUGGUUGGUAUACUUUGUGAAAAAGCCAGUCUGUGUUUUGAGCAGUUUGAAGCUCACUGAGUUGAACUGAGGGUCGCCGUCCUCCGUAGAUAAGAUCUUUCCUGAUUAAAGAAGAGGAGAACAGAAACAAACCAGCCCACCUCUAUUGAUUUUGUGGGUCAUUUGUCAAACUCUGUUUUUACAUUGUAUCUGGCUGGAAGAGGUGUGUGUCUUAUUAUUUCCUUUUUUAAAUCAGCAUAUACUUCAUUUUUUAAAUCAGCAGUUCUCUGAAGCAGGGCAUGGACUGAAGAAAUUAUGUGAACCAUCGAUUUGCCUGUGUUGACCGAAAUGGUUUGAAAAUCUCAGAAAUCCUGCAAGGCAUCCACUACAUCUUUAUUCCGAUAUCCAGCUGAAAUCUAUAUCAUGUUUCUUGUAACUUGGACUGAAAUGGUUCUCCAUGGCUAGAUAUAUGGAUAUCUCGUAUGUCUAAGAAAGUCAUUUAUGAAUUUAAUGUACAUUCCAAUAGGCACCAUUUCUUCACUUAUAGUGAUGAGCCUAAAAUCACUACCUCUUCAUUAUUUUAUUUUAUUUUUUUUUUGCCAUUUGUUGACAGUAUGACAUUAUGCCUCCUUUUGUAACUUUCUUAAGACUGCUCUGUAGAGGAGCAAACAAUGUGGUUCCAAUGUUUAGUGUCUCUACCUAACUUAAAUUAAUAAAUUGAUUUAGAUUGUGA